CGGCGGACCCGGGCGGCGGCGGGGCCGGGAUGUUCACGGCGGCUGCCGAGAGCUUCCUCCGGCAGGCCAGGGAGAUCCAGGAGGAGGAACUGCGGAGAUUCACCGCCCGUGUGUCCGCCUUGCUGCAGGGCCCCGAGGCCGGCCCCGAGGCCGUGGAUGGGCUGCAGAGGCUGCACCUCAGCGUGGCCGCCACCAAGUACCCCCGCAAGCUCGAUGGCAAGUUUGUGGAGCAGCUGCAGACUGUGCUGUGCUCACCCAAAAGUCCUGAGCAGAUUCAGGUGUUGUGUGCUGCCAUCCUGAGAGAGAUGUCACCUUGCAACGAUCUUGUCCUCUCCUGUGAUGAGAUUCAAGAUACAAAGCUCUUGAGCCUGGUCUCCUCUGUCCUUCUGGCUCAGAGCAGCAGGGGUGAAGUGGCAGCUGUGGGGCAGCGUGUUGUGCAGGUCCUUGAAAGAAGACUGCCCGAGGGUCAGAGUGCUCGGUUCCUUCUUCCUGUCCUGGCAAAUGUCAUCAGCCUUUCUCCAGGAUCCCUAACAGAAGAACAGACCAAUGUUGUCAGUAAAAAGCUGGCUGACUGGCUGAGGUAUGCAAGCAUUCAGCAAGGAAUGGCUCAACCCUCUGGAGGCUUCUUCUCCAGUCCCAGAACCAAACAGCCUGCUCCUAUCACAGAGGUGGAUGGUGCUGUUGCCACAGACUUCUUCACAGUGCUCUCAGUGGCUCAGCACUACACACAGGACCAGUGGCUCAACGUGCAGGCUUUCUCCAUGCUGAGAAACUGGCUGCUGUGCUAUGGGGGCAUGGAGCUGGACACCCCUAAUCCAGGUGCCUCAGCAGGAGGGGACAGCUCUGUGACACCCUUGGUCCCUGCUCCAGCCACGCCUGGCCGGCUGCUCCCGCCCAGGGAGCGGCUGCGGGACAAAGCCUUCGAGUACUGCCAGCGCCUGGUGGAGCAGAGCACCCGCCGACCCCUGAAGAAAGAAGAUGGAGACCUGCAAAAAGCUUGUCUCGUUGAGGCAGUGACAAUCAUGGACAUCAUCUGCAAACAGGACUCCUCCUACGUGUGCCGUGCUGUCCCCUUCCUGAAAAUCCUGCACAGCAGGAUCUGUGGGGAUGCCUCUUAUGCCAGGGCACUGCUGCCCAUUGCCCAGUUCUUCCUGAACCACAGCAAACUGGCAGCUGUGGACUCAGAUGCCAUCUACAAACAUCUCUUCAGUGAUAUCCCAGCUCAGCUCUUCCACAACCCAUCAUUGGCCUUUGAAUUUGUCCAGUUCUGCAAGGACAACAGCCAGCUCUUCACAGACUCCUCCAGCAUAUUCAGGCAGAGCUUCCCAAAUCUCUUCAAGUUCCUGGCGUGGAACAGCCCACCUCUGAUCUCUGAGUUUGUGGACCUUCUCCCAUUUCUGCUGGAUCCAGGCACAGCCAUUGAGAUCUUCCAUUUGCUGCUUGACCUGCCCUGUUUGACAGCAGCUCUGGACAUCCAGCUGAGGGCAGCUGCUCUUCCUGCCUCUGAGAAGGCUGGGGCUGACCCAGCUGGGAAACCAGCCACGUGUCUGGAGGCCUUCCACCAUCCCCUCUACAGGAGCAUGUUCCAGUAUCUCCUCCGCAGCAGGUCUGCUCCCGAGGAUGCUCCAGACAGUCUGGUUCCACUUCGGCAGCUGCUGGGAUCCCUGGCUGGCAGCCCCAGGCUGGUGCAGUGUGCAGAGACUGUCCCUGUCUUACUGGAGCUCUUUUUCAGGGUGGUGGCAGAGUUUGCAGAUGGCUCUCUGAUAAACCAGCUGGUGGUGCUGCUGCUGCAGAGGAGUGACCAGCUCUAUGAGAUCCCAGCGUUCAAAGAGGAUGUGUACAGGGUGCUGGGCUCAAACUUGGCGAUGCUCUGCGGGCUGCGCCCUGCGCUCGUGGUGGAGCUGUCCCCGGAGAUCCUGGAUUUCGCAGGAGCAGUCAGCAACAUCCAGAGCAAGGAGGCCAUCUUCACCCACAUGGCGUGGGCUGUCGGCGAGUUCCUGUCGGUGUCGCACGACAAGCGCUGCACGGUGGAGCAGAUCACACGCUUCUUUGAGACCCUGGAGGCCGUGCUCUUUGAGAUCACCCAGCUCAGGCCACAGGCCAGCACCCCCAGCUGUGCCCCCCGAGCCAUCAGUGUCCUCAUGGCCACCCUGACCAAGCUGGCAGCCCGCAGCCAGGACUUGAUCCCCAGAGUGUCCAUGUUCCUGUCCAAGAUGAGGACAUUUGUGCAGAGCCCUGCUGUCACCUCUGUUUACUGUGAGGAAGACCUUGAGGAGAUCCUUAUACGUGCAACUGAGCUCAUGAACCUGCUGAAAAUGCCCAGCGUGGCUCAGUUUGUGUUCACCCCACCUGUGGCCAGCACACAGUUUCAGAAGGAGGUGAAUGACUCUCUCCCUUUGGCCCUGAGGAUGGUCACCGAGCUCCUGGAGCCUGCUGCAGGCUCCAUGCCAGUGUGAGGGCAGGAGGUUUCUGGAGUAACUCACUGGACACUGACACUCAAGGCUGAGGCCCUGAUCUUAACUGGAAAAGAGGAACAAAUGAUUGUGAAUGGAACAGAGAACAGGAAUAAGGAGAGCUGAGGCUGCUCCUCUGGUCUAAGACUGUUUGUAUUUCUGUCCUAGUGCCUGUUGCUUUUUUAUCUCCUAAGCUUGUCUUAUCCCUUCUUGGUGAGUAUGCACUGAAUUCCUGGUGGACUUGUGCAAAUGUUGCAGGAGAGUGAAUGGUGCAUUAAUGCCCUGCCAGCACACCCUGUCCCUUUGGAGAUGUGACUUGUUCCCUCCCUUCCUCUGCCUUGUUUCCCUUCCCCUUUGCUCUCACUACACCUGCACAUGCUGCUUCUCUUGCCUCUCCUUGCAGCAGAGCAGGCAAAGGCCUGAUCUGGAGGAAGCAGGACUGGCUCCAUCACAUCUGGGAGCCCUCACUGCUCUUGUGUCUCACCACUGGAGUGAACAUGGAGAGAUCCAAGAGGCAGCUGCCAGAGCAGGGCUUAGAGAGGUUUAUUGAUCCAGUUUAUUGUUGACACAGAGCAUUUCUUAACAUCCACCGUGUCUGACAGGCGCCAUGCUGUGCUCAGUAUCUGCACCAGAGCUUUAUUCACAUCUCAGCUGUACAUAUUAACACACAGGGAAGUCAGUCCAUCCCCUGCUCCUCCUGGGAGAAGCCAGCCCUCAUGCACACUAGUAAAUAGCAGGGUUUAUUUACAGUCUGUUUCAAUACCUGACUGCACUGUGAGUGACACACAGCUCUGGGGCUGUUUUGCAGCUCCAGGAGUGCUCAGUGGGGUUGCACUGGUACUGCUGGAACGUGCCAGGAUGCAGCCCCAGCACUGCCUAAUGCAAACCAAGCCUCACCCCAAGCCCUGGCUCCGGGGCAGAGGGGAGUAAGGAGUGCAUGCAGUUUGCCCAGAGGCUUUAGGCAGCCCAUUUCAAGUUCUGUGGAGGAUGACAGGCCAGCAUACCUAUUUGAUUGAAAGUGAAGUGAAUCACCAGGAGCCCUGAGCUUUUGCUCACCUGGCUGAGUCAGUGGCAGGAGGAUGCACUGCUCCCAGUCCCUGCUGGGGCAGCACCCCAGGGCAGGGCUGUGAGCGUGGCCCAGCAGAGCAGCAAGGCACUCGUGUCUCAGAGAAGGUGCCUGGUCCAUCUUGCCUGGAAAAGCAGGCCAGGCUGCACUGAAAUCCAGUUGUGGAGCAUUUCCCUUGCAUGGAGUGUUCUGACAUCUCCUCCUGCGACGUGCAAGACCAAGCACAGGAACCAGAACUGCAGCAGUGAGGUGUAAAUAAAGCCAGCCCUGUUUUAGCAUCACAGUCCUCAGCACUGUUGUUGUGAGAUGCCAUGUGAGUACCUGAUCCCCUGCCAGAGCCUGCACCGUGCAGGGUGUGAUGCAGGGCUUUGCUGCAGGCUGUUUUAAGAGGGUUCGGCUAAACUAGGUCUCAGUAUCUGUCUAAAUGUGGAAAUCAGGUCGGGUUUAUCCCGUUAAUGGUGCUAAAAGCAGAGGCAGCAGGAGGCCGGGUGUGCAGGGCCCGGGCAGCCACACGAUGGAGCUGAACCCUCGGCUGAGCUGACAGCAGGGUCGGCAGCAGGGAGCAGGGCGGUUCCUGGGAUAUUCACGAGUCCUCCCAAAGGGAAUCUCUGCUGUCCAUCACCACCUGUCGGCAUUUCAGCAGCACACACCCGGGAG